AUGUGGUUAGACCUCUUUCUUUCUCUAGCUUUGGUUUUGAAAGCCUCAACAUAUGAGUGUCCAUAUAGUCAUUAUUUGUUUGGUGAUAGGUGUUUCGCAUUUGCUGACGGUAAAGGCAAUCAAGAGGAAGGAAGAAAGCAGUGUUCAGACUUAGGAUACGACUUGGUCUCGAUACAUGACAUGAUAAAUAAUAGAUACGCUCAACAAUUUGCUCAUGCUGUUCUUUCCUUCACGUAUGGAUUCAUUUGGAUCGGACUUUACAAAGAAAAUGAAAAAUGGAAAUGGGUCGACAAUUCUACGUAUGAUUUCAUGAAUUGGGGAGAAGGUAUCAAUCCUGCGCACCAGUGCGCUGUUAUGCGCAUUUCUGAUGGAAAAUGGCUGAGUGCCGAUUGUGAGAUGCCGUACCAAGCAUUGUGUUCUGGACUUGCAAAUGAAUCGACAACUCCUCGCACAGACCUACCGAGGAACACUACUCAAGCGAUCACAACUCAAAAAUGGACUACUACUGGCGACGAGCGCACUGCCUUAACGACAACCGAAGAGGGCGAGACGAAAACGCGAACACCGUGGACACCAGAGAACCCACGGGUGCUCAAUCCCGCUGUGGGUGUGACUUCUAGGAAUCCCUACACAAGAGAUCAAGAAUUUGCUUUAGCUGAAACUAGAGAUUUGGCAGCAGAAGUAGUGUGCAGCUUCAUCAAAUUGACUGAUCACAGGUGGUCUCGCCAUGGGUACCCUGUAAAUGGCAGCACGAUGCUGUAG